AUGGCAGAAGACAUGUUCAGACCUCCAGUCAACCGCGCCAUGCGCGUCCUGGAUCGCUCCUUCUUCCACAAAAAAAUUCCUGCUUCGGCUGCUCGCGUAGUCGACAACAAGACUAUUUCCAAGUGCAGAUCUGAACUUUUCCGUGCAAACGAUGUCCUCCGUCUCGAAAGAUACCAGAUCGUCCGACCUGAUCCUAACGAGGCUGACGCACGAGCUGGAAAGAAAUGCAUCCUGUUGAGGCCGCAAGUGGACGACAAGGGCGCUGAGUACCCAUGGAGCAAAACUGUAUCAGAAUUAGAAAAAGCGAACAUGAUUGAUAUCAUCCCCUAUGAAGUCCACCUUGAUUACGACUACUGGGACUACCAGGACAUCGCCAGUGCCGUACUUCCUCAGAGCGAAGAGCAUGACGAGAUCCCAUCUGGCUUCACCCUCGUCGGUCACGUUGCACAUCUGAACCUUCGUGACCAAUACAUGCCUUACAAGAAUAUCAUUGGCGAGAUCUUGGUCGAUAAGAACCCUUCUGUCAGGACUGUAAUCAACAAGAUUGAUGAUGUUGGUGAGGAGAGCGAGUAUCGCACUUUCAAGUACGAAGUCCUUGCUGGGCCCGAUGAUAUGGACGUCGAGAUUCGCGAAGCAGACUGCACAUUCAAGUUCAACUACGCAAAGGUCUACUGGAAUAGCAGACUGAACACUGAGCACCAAAGACUUGUCGACUCCUUCGCCCAGGGCGAGGCUGUUUGCGACGUUAUGGCGGGAAUUGGACCUUUUGCAGUGCCCGCAGGCAAGAAGGGCGUAUUUGUCUGGGCCAACGAUCUCAACCCGGACAGUUAUGCCAGCAUGCUCGACGCUAUCAGCCGCAACAAGGUCGACCAAUACGUCAAACCUUUCAACCAGGACGGCCAUGUCUUCAUCAAGGAAGCCGCACACAAACUUCUGACAACCAACCGCAAGGUGGAGGUUCUCGCAAAACAAACUCGCACUGAGGCCAAGGCGACCAAAGCGCCGCCCAAGGUCUUGCAAACCAUCCAUGAGCCCAAUACUUUCUCCCACUAUGUCAUGAACUUGCCAGCGAGCGCCAUCGAGUUCUUGCCUGCAUUCAUUGGGUUGUACACGGAGGAAGACAGGAAGCUACUCCCCGCCGACUUCAAGCUGCCGAUGAUUCACGUCUACUGCUUCGACACCAAGAGCGAUGACAACGUACAAGAAGGCAUCAGCAUCUGCAAGAAAAUAUCCGAGCAGAUCGGCUACGAAGUCACACCGCAAACCCCCGAGCUCAGCAUCUUCGAUGUUAGAGAUGUUGCACCAAAGAAGAGGAUGUUCUGUGCUUCUUUCCGUCUCCCAGAAGAAGUUGCUUUCGCACCCAGAAAGUCUUUGCCUACGAGGUAA